UUUAAUAAAUUAAAAUAGUCGGUGUUCUUGGCUGCAGUUUUAAUCAUGAACUCAACUGGAAUAUACUUUCGCUACAUAAGGUGGUUGAUGAUCGCUACCGGUAUGUGGAAAAUAGAAGAGGAAUUUUCGAUAUCCAAGAAGAGAUUUUAUGCCGUAUACUGCGUAAUAAUACAGCUAAUUUUUAUUUCGCUGAUUUUCUCCGUAGCGUUAGAAGUGCCUGCCCUAUUGAAAUCCGAUUCGGCUGCAGCAGUUGGUAAUAUCGGCAUGAUGGUGUUCCUCGGGACGGUAAUCACCAAAAUGUUAAUGUGUCAAUCGAAACCUGUCGUCGAACUUCUUCGAUUUGCCUUACAGUCAGAAUUUCACUUGGCUGCACGCGCCAGUACUGACGUGGAAACAAUAUACAAAUUUCAUACGAAACUUAACAACAACUUCAUCACUCUCCUUAUUACUUGCAUAUUAUUUAUGGGACUAUAUGUUGCUACGAUUGGAGACUAUAACUGCUACAAGUACUUCAAACAAAAUUACAAUACAACAGAUAAGCCUUUGUUUUUAAAUUAUUGGUAUCCGUUCGAUAGAAACAAGUAUUACGUGCUUGUCUUGGUGGAUCAGAACAUCCGACCAACUCUUGGAGGACUUUAUGCGGCGAUAGUAAACGCGUUUGUCAAUUCCAUUAUACUUUUCGUGCGGCUCCAACUCAAGCUACUUCAGUACAGUUUCAGAAAUUUCGGUCAAUUUGGGUCGAAUGAACAUGACACGAGUCCAAACAUUUUGAAGAUGCUCUGCGUGAAACACCAGGAACUGAUUCGAUAUGUGGGUGAACUUAACGACCAUCUGAAUGUAAUAAUAUUUAUGGAAUAUAUGGUUUUAUCAAUUACGUUUGCGGGGCAAAUUUUGCAAAUCACUGCGGGCAUCGAACCGUUUAUAGCUUCUGUACUAUUGACCUACACAAUCAUACAAUUGCUUAUGUUCGCUUGGAAUUGCAACGAAAUUAUCAUUCAGAGCACAGAAUUGGCCAAAGCUCUCUUCGAAAGCAAGUGGUACGACUACGAUACGAAGAUCAUUGUCAUUGCGCAUAUAAUGAUGAUGAGAUGUCAGAAGCCGCUGAGCUUGAUGAUCGGCAGGUUCGGAGUUAUGGACUUGGAUGUUGGAAUCUCGAGGCUCAAACUGGCAUAUUCCUACGCUUCUGUUAUGACAAAUGGAGACAAGUGACUACUUCGACAUUGUCGACAGACCCACCUGAUGUGCUAUAAACUCGCCGAAAUAUAUUUUUUAAAUAAAUCAAGCUCUGGACUAGAGUGAAAACAAACUAAUUUAGUAAUCUAUACUAGAACUAGUAACCCAAUCUCAUAUAAAAUUUUUAUUUUAUGAAAA